UUGUAAUAGUGCCGAAAGUGUUUAGUGGUUCGAGUUGAAAAUCCCGCGCUGCACCCCUGCGCCGUUGCCACAUCCUCACGCGCCCUCGCGCCGUCCGCGCUCGCCUUAGCGGCGCGAAUCUCGGCCGGCGCGAAAUCUCGGCCUCGCCUCGCUCUCAUCUCUCCGCAGCGGUCAGCGGCGUAUUUGGGCCAAAUAUUGGCAUUCGUGCAUGACCCAAUUGGGUGUCCCCGAUGCACUGCCGCCAAUGCACCGACCGGUCCGCCAUCGCGGCGGCCGCAACCGUUUCACGCGUGUGCGUGAGUGCGUUGCGAGUUCCGCGUUGAUACCGGCGUGUCGAAAUCUUGCGAAGUGUAAUCGGCCGGUCAGUGCAGUCGCGUUGUUCGUGCGUGCGUGUGUGCCAAUCUGUGAUAAGAUGUGCUGGAUCUAGUUGGCGCGCCAACUCUUGCUCAUAAUAUUUUCCAUUCUGGUGUUGAGAUGGACUCUCAGCAACAACAAUUCUGUUUGAAAUGGAACAGUUUUGGUACAAAUCUUGCAACGUCGUUCAGCAACCUCUUCAAAUCGGAAACUUUGGCCGACGUGACGUUGUUUUGUGACGGAGUGACGUUUAAGGCCCACAAGCUGAUCCUGGCAGCAUGCAGUAAGCACCUGGCGGACCUGUUCGAGACGUCGCCGCCCCACCAGAACCUCAUCAUCAUCCUGGAUGGGACUUCGGCUUCCAACAUGUCGGCGCUGCUGGAGUUCAUGUACAAGGGGGAAGUCCACGUGUCGCAGGACUGCCUCUCGAGUUUCCUCAAGGCUGCCGAAUGUCUGCAGGUGAAGGGCCUCAGCAUCGAGCACGAGAAGCUCGCCGUCGCCCAGAGCCACUCCAACAUGGACACGACCCUGGACUCGCCGACGUCCCGCAAGCACCUCAAGGUCCUCAAGGAAGAAAUGGAGACCUCAUCCAGCAACCACCACCAGUCGAGCCCGUCCCCCAGCUACUCGCCCGCGAUGUCCCCCUACAUGCACCCGCACCACUACCGGCAGUACGAGCAGCGCAUGCCGGCGACGGGCGCCGCCUUCGAGUCGGCGAUGAAGAGACCGCUGCGCAGCCCCAGCGAGACGCUCCACGAGUCCGUGAGGGCGUCGGUGCUGAGGGACGGCAGCAAGACGACGACGACGUCCGGGAGGCCGGGCUCGCCGGGCCACGGACCGCUCUCGCUGGCCUUCAGGCCGUCCUCGUCGUGCUCGCUGCCGCUGCAGCCGGAGGCGGACGCGCCCCCGGAGAACCGAUUCGACCCGGACCCCGCCACGGCGGUGGUGUGCCCGGAGAGCAACACGUCGGAGUGCUGCCAGGACACCGGCUGCGCCGAAGAUUUGAGGAUGAAAAUGGAGCCGGCCAUCCAGCAGGACGAGCCCCCCAACAGUACAAGCGGGACUAGCACGAGCAUCACAGGACUCAGCAAUAACGGUUCGGCUAAUGGCUCACUCGGUCAGAUAAACAAGUAUGAUCACGAUAGGGACAAGACGGAUCUGGUGCCGGCGUCGUUGUGGAACUCUGUCGCUGGGAAGCUCUCACACAAGAGCGGAACGGUGAAUACGCCUGAUGGAAAGAAAUUGAAGUGCCCUUUUUGCGAACGAUUGUACGGGUAUGAGACCAACUUGCGCGCUCACAUACGACAGCGGCACCAGGGGAUCCGGGUGCCGUGCCCCUUCUGUUCACGUACCUUCACCCGCAAUAACACAGUGAGGCGACACAUAGCCAGAGAACACAAGGCGGAACUGAGUCUGAAAGCGUUUCAGAACCAGCAGCAGGUACACAACCAUAACCCGUAAGCAAGCAGAGAACCCUAAUUGAAAAAGAAAAAAAAAGUUACAAAAAAAAACAAACCACAACUACCUGAUAUUUUUAAAUGUAAGGUGCACCCCGAGAGGCGGUAAAGCGUGAGAUCUGAUGUAAAUAUAAUAUAUUCUCUAUAGUCUGUACCGCCUAUCGGAUUCAUGACUCUUGUCUGUGUUGUUAUCUUAAAUAUGGUAUGUGUCAUUUUUUAUACUUUAGUUAAGGAGUACCAAGUGUAAGGAUAGAAACAAUACGAGCUGGUCUUGUUUUGUUUGUAAAAGUGAAACGUGCAAGUGCAUUGUUUAAAAUAAUGUUUAAGGCUUCAGAAGUUCUUCACUCAGGUUGUUAAUUUUAAGACCGAAGGAUAAGUUCAAUAUUCCCAAGAGCGUCGAAAAUUUGUCUCUAGGUCUCUAAGUAAGAGUUUUUAAUUUUCAAAAUUGGAAGUUUCAUUCGUUAGGGUUACUUUUCGUUGUACUUAUCAUAUAUUUUUUAAAGAAAAAUACUUACGUUACGGCGAUAGUUUUAAGUAUUAAUUAAGUGAAUUUUGUACGCCAGGGUGUAUGUGAAUAUUAACCGUCCUGGCUAUGCGGUUAUAACCGAUAACCCAGAAACUACCUCAUAACUUUAACGGCUGCCUCAGUUUCUUUACCAUUUUAGUAUCAGCUAGUCAUUUAGUGCAACACAUUAAAAUUUAGAAUUUAGUUCCAAUAAAAGCUCAGGUACGGUAGCGUUAAUUUGCCCCUCUCAUUUCAUCACAGUAACUAAGCUUUAAGAUAAUAAAUAGCUCAUUUCUUUUUUUUUUUUUUUUUAAUUUUUCGGUGAAUCCAAUUCACGUUAAUCGGGAUAAUAGAUAUAAAAUUUUGUAUAUAAUGUGAUCCAGUUACAGUUUUUAUUUAUUAUCCGUUGGCUCAAUUUGAUUGGUUGGUCGUUUUUUGAAAACAGAACCCUGAUUGUGUCACGCACUUUUUGUUUUUUGUCGGCCAGGGGUUUAUUGAAGGUAACAACAUGCCAUAAUUGCAUACAAUGAACCAAAUAGAUAUUAAUUAUAAGCUGUGCUCUUAAAGCUACUAGUCAUUAAAUCAAUAGCUCUUUCUACAUAACACUACCUCAACGUCUAUAUAUACUACAGUAUUUUUUCUUGUAUUACGGGUCUAUAUUUUCGUACAGUACUAUAUACAUACAUAUACACAAGUGGCUUUUCAGUUACAUCAACUACCUCAUGAAACAUGACAAUUCAUCGCUAAUUUAUUGUAUAUUUUUUUUUUUUUUUUUAAUUAAUUCGUAGGGAUAGUAGCAGUGUUAUGUUGUUCAUACGUUAUAACUGAAAGCUUUUACCACAGUACAAAAUUGCUAUUGGGUCGUCCACCGCAAAAAAGCGUCGUAGCAGAAAGCUGGCGCCCGAGAUCGUCGUAGGUUUUCGGGUCGGCGCGGUUUUGGGGUGGGGGUCGGUUGUCUCUUCGGCUUCGUCUGUUUUAUUUAGCAGCUUCAUUCCCAAUGCACUCAGUUACGUUUAAGGCUGUAAAUAUGCAUGCGAUUUAGAGUGGGUCCGGUGCGCGUAACCACCAUGAAGAAUCAGAGUUGUAAUUAUAUUUAUUGAAGGCGUUCUUCGUGGCGGUUGCGAGCCGAGCCCGCGCCCAAAUCUGAGGCAUUCAGGGUUCCAUUUUCGUGUUUUUAUAUAUGUAUAUGUUAUACCUUAGUCUUAAGCAUAAUUAAGUUAAUAUGUAUAUCCUUAUUCAGUUUUUUUUGUGAAUUUUAUUAAUUUGUUAACUGUCAAGAGUUGAUCGUCUCAACUAUAAAAAUCAAUCUUAUGAAGAAAAACCGGUUGAUAUGGUUUAGGCACAGUGAUUGGUGACGGAACUGAACAAACAAAAAUAGAACUAAGUGAACGGAUUUUUCGACUUUUAUAUCAAACUCUCGAUUGUUCACUGGGGACGUGCCAUUUUUUUCCCACUCAAUGUUUGAAUGUUUUGAUUUCCGACCGAUGAACAUGUCCUCGUGUAUUGUAACGGCUUUUAUAAAUUUGUGCUGUUCCUGAUGUCGCCGCCCCCGCGGCGGGUCGCAUCUGUUUUUUACAUGUUUACAUCUACUGUGUCAUAUUGUAUUAAUAGUGGCAAUGCAAUGUUAACGUGAUCGAUGUGAAUGUCGUUUUCUUCAUAAUUUCGCAAUAAUCUCAGGUAUUCGUUCAGGGAUUUUUUAAUUAAUGUUUUUUUCGUUCGUUUACUACAUACAUGCAUGUUAUUAUUUAUGAGGCGUGUGCAUGCGUUGUAUGACUGUUAUAUGUUAAAUCACAUUUCAUGGAUGUUACGGAUGUUGGAAACAAACCCACUUCUAACCACGGGUAUCGAUGCUGCUGAAUUUUUUUUCUACUUAGUUUGUUACUGUCCGUUUGUUUCCAACGUCGCCGCAUUAUUUGUAUAUAUUGGCACUCGAAUAAUGUUAAUAGUACGUUCAGAUAUUUGUUGCCUGUUAACUCAGUACAGAGGUCACACUUAACCACCACGUUACGUGACAGUACAAAGCAGAGAAAUAUAAUAUGGAAAAGUGAAACUACCUCAGACUAAUAAUGUAUUCCACUACUACUCCUUCGUUGAAAAUGUUAGUACAAACAAUGUAAUUAUAUUGUUUUAUAUGCGAACUUACCUAGGUGUUUAUGUACAACUCAGGAAUUAAACAAAAGUACAAAACGCAAGAAAUGAAAAUUUUAAUUAUGUAAUAGUAUUCAGGGAAUCACCGAAUCUCGUCAGAUAUAAUUAUGUAAAGUUGUAAUAGAUUGUUAUUGCAUACAUAUACCUAUUUAGACAUUCUAGGUAAGAGCUACUGUCAUAGAUUAAGGGAAUCGACGCGAUUUCUUUAGUCUCUGCAUGUAGUAGGUACAAACACGUGUAUCGUUUUUUCUGAUGAAUGAUGCUGUUGGAGAAUAUUAUUCAUAGUACCCGUACUAUAUGCUGUGACACUCACUAUAUAACUAACGCAACAGUUAUGUGUUCCUAGACGAUAACAUUACAUUGUCACACUGUUAAACUUAACACAAUGUAAUGUAAUGUGUACAGCCAUCACGAACCCACUCCUUGCAUUGGGAGUAUAAUUAUCAACUACUUAUUGUAUAUAAGUAAUUUAAAUGCAAGUAAUUGACUAUGUAUUCAUGUUCUGUUUUACUUAUUAAUUUUAAUAAACAAUUUGUCGUUUA